GCCUUAUACCGCCCAUUACCCACCCUCUUGUCAGGUUAUAGCCCCGCCCCUUGUUUCUAUGGCUCUGAGAUUUCCCGUGUCACUCUUACUGCUCUCACCUCUCCGUGCGGUCACCGGGCUAUCAACGGUAACACGAGCCAUGUCUAUCAAGGUCGGAGAUGCCCUCCCAGAUGUGCAGGUGUUUGAGGGAGGGCCUGGUAACAAGAUCAGUGUGAGAGACGUGUUUACUGGCAAGAAGGGCAUAUUGUUUGGCGUCCCUGGAGCUUUUACUCCUGGCUGCUCCAAGACGCACCUGCCUGGAUACGUGGAGAAAGCUUCAGAACUCUCAUCACGUGGGGUGGAAGUGGUCGCCUGCAUUGCUGUUAAUGACGUGUUUGUGAUGAGCGAGUGGGGAAAGGCGCACGGAGCAGAGGAGAAGGUUCGGAUGCUGGCUGAUCCAACUGGAGCGUUUGCCAAGGCUGCCGGGCUUCUUCUGGAUAAAAAAGAACUCCUUGAUCUUUUUGGGACUCAGAGGUGCAAAAGGUUUUCCAUGGUGGUUGAAAAUGGAAAAGUGAAAUCCAUUAAUGUUGAAGAAGACGGUACUGGCUUAACCUGCAGUUUGGCAGUGAGCAUCCUCUCCCAGCUGUGAACGUCUCUGCACCUCUAACAACAUCCGCUAGCUAAACAGAUACUUAGUGUGCCCUCCUGUACUGUAUCAACCUGUGCUGAGAGACGUAACCAACCUGUAAUGUAGUAAACAAAGUCUAUUUAAUAAAAACAACUACAACCAC